CUCAAAACAUGUAAUGGUGGUGUUUCUUGGUGUAAUAUUUUUGCAUUUCGCAUGAAAACUGAAUUUCAAAUCGAGGCUGACUCACAAAAAAACAUAUACAAUAUUGCUAAGCCUAAAUGUUUGUAGUAUGAAAGGAAUUAGAAUGCCCAUAAAGGUUUAAUGUCGAUAAUUAAGGUUCUGUAUAAUUAACUUUCAAUUAUGAGAAUUCAUAUAAGAUUUACGGGCGUAUGAAAGAAAAUACACUUCGUUACUCAGUCACAAUGGACACAUCAAACUGUAGCCUCCCGAUUAAUGUUAAAACAGAAACUGAUACAAUAAACGAAGAAGAAGUGACCCCUAUUGAUACAAAUAAUGAAGAAAUCCAAGAAAUAAAACCCGAAAUAGACAUUCAACAAACUGAAAUUGACACGGUUCAAACUGACAAUCCGUUUGGAAAUGUCCAACUAGUUGUUAAACAAGAAACAAGUAUUAAUGAACACGAACACCUAAAUAUAAUACCUGAUAAACCAUUAGACAACAUAGAAAAUAUAAAUUCGGAUGUAAAUCUAGCAGACUCUUUACAUGUUGACGUAAAAGCAGAGAAAAGUGAUGAUUCAUUAGUGACAUAUGAUUAUCCUAAUUUCGAUGAUGCAGGGAGUAUGGACAGCAAUGAAGCCACUGCCUUGGGUAAUGUGGAGACUUGCUUGCAAGAAGAAAUCAAUAUUAAAUGUGAAAAUGAUGUUCACGAUGAGGAAAUUCCAAAGGAAGACUUUGAUCCGACCAUCAAAAUUGAGUCUGAAGUGACACUGCCUGAAACAGAUCUGACAUCAAACCCAAUAAUUCCCGAUGUAGAUCCUAAUGUUGGACCAAAGUACUCAUUUGUUAUGAAAAUACCAGCAGAUGUCAUUCAUAGCAUUGACGAGAUGGUAGCGAAUGGUGACCCCUAUGCAGAAGAUGCAGACGCUUUUCAUGAUGAUACAUGCACUGGCGAUCCAGAGUACGAUGAUAAUGUGGACUCGAAAAUGAACCUGGAACCAUAUCACCUAAAUUCAAUUACAGGAAAUGGACCAACCCUAUUAGAAGCACAUGAAAAGACCAAUGAUUUUCAACUCAAUUCCAUCACUGGUAAUGUUCUGUCUUUAGAUGAAGAAGCAUAUGGUUUACUGGUUAAAAAUUACAAGGAUGAUGGACUAAAGUAUGCUAAAAAACAAUAUCCAUGUACAAAGUGUCCAAAAGUGUAUAAUCUAAAACACAGUUUAUUAACACACAUGAAAGUCCAUAGGACGAUUGAUAAUUAUCGAAACGGUUGGAUUAAAGGGCUCAAGACGAAAAGAGCAAACAUCGAAAAGAGACUGAAGAUGAUGGAGGAAAAGGAUAAUGAUACACAAAAGAAACAUAAAGAUACAAAAGUUUCGAAAACUCGGACCACAAGAAGACAAAAAGAUGAAAGCAAAGAAGGGUACUUAUGCACUUGUGGGAACGCUUUUCAGCGCCGCAGUAGAAUGGAGACUUGUCUGCGAUCGCACGACCUGUUUGAGACAAAUUCUAACUGUGAGUCAUGUAUGACUUGUUCCAAAAAGUUCAGAAGUAAAGAAGAAUUAUCGUUGCACAGAAAAAGAAUGCAUCGCAAAAAAUUUCCUUGCAAGUUUUGUCCGACCGAUUACGACACGCGAAAAGAACUAUUCAAACAUUUGCAGAUACAUCAAAAGGUUCAACUUAUGGAGUACAAAGUUAUAGAACAAGUUGUAAAAGGGAAGCAGAAGCUACGAUGUUUUAUGUGCUCCAAAUCUUGGACCGAAUUGUCAGAAUUGAAAACGCAUGUGCUGACUGAUCAUAAAGGGCCUUAUGUGUGUCCGCAUUGUAAGAAUACGUUUCCCAAAAUCAUUGAUUUCGGGAACCACACAAAGACAUACCAUCCCGAAGUAGAGGGUCAGUCUGUUCUGGACGUGUUAGAAGCAUUUUCAAGGCUGGUCCAGGAGUGGAAAUGCGACGAAUGUAACUUACAGUUCCUAGAACCUGACAAAUUUGCGUUACAUCAAAUUGAAAAACACAGUCCAGAAUUAAAAGCGCAAAGACAAUACCAGUGUCCUGAUUGUCGUAGAGUAUUCGUCAGUCAGAAGGGGCUAACGUCACAUAGACGAAUACAUCACAGUGUAGAAACUUUAGAAGAGACGAAAGUCCAGGAAAUGGGGAUCAUGUGUUUGGAAUGUCGAAAAAUUUGCAAGGACAUGACGGCUUUGACGUCACACAUGAGGUUUCAUUCCCCGGAGCGCAAGUAUCCUUGCAAAUUCUGCGAUUUUCGCUUCGCAACGCCUGAAAAAAGGAAAACUCAUGCGGAAAUUCACACCGGGGACAUGAAAUACGUGUGUUUCAUUUGUGAAUAUCAGUGCACCUCAGAAAAUAGGUUGCAGAAGCAUAAAAUGUCCUUGAAACAUGCAAAUAUGAAAGAGUACUUAUUGACUGGGAAGCCUUUGGUAGAACCGUCGACUUCUGAAGAGAAAGGGAAGGAGAAAAAGGAGUGUAGUGCGAAAAAGAGAAAGAAAACCGAAAAUGGUAGGAAUAAAAAUGGUGAUUCUAGUUCGGAUAGUGCAGAAGUGGCGUGUGAUGUGUGCGGGGACAAAUUCGCGAGUGAAACUGAAAUGUUAGAACACAAACAGACGCAUCCGUUUAUAGAAUUUGCUAACGAUGAUAAGCCUAGUAGGAUCUUCUUCAAAUAAAGUUCAAAGAGGUAACAAAGUUAGUAACUAAAAUGAUCUUAUUUUUAUUAAAGAUUACGUGAUUCGUUAGUUACUAGUUAUGGAGUAAAAUAAGCAUAAGCCACUUGUUGGUGCUGAUUCCUGUACACAUCAUCUAAUUUUAUUUAAGUUAUACCUGUAAUUUUCUUAUCUGCCGAAAAGGAAAGGGACGGGUCGAAUAAAAUUUAUGGAACACGCGUCAAUUUUUGGCAGAGAUUCAAAAACCCUUCCAGAAUUUUAUAUUGGCCAAUAACCCGACAGAAUUAAUUUGACAGCACACGUCAAACGGAUUGAAUAUGAGCGAGAAGCCUAUUUUAUUCGCCCGGGUUAUUCUUUCAUUUUAAAAUUAAUAGUUGUCAAUCAUCCGCCCCUUUCCUUCUCGGCGAAUAAGUAAAUGACGGGUACAACUUAAAAAAAAAAUUUGGUGGUAGGUAUCUGCAGGAAUUGAGGCCAUGGUGAUAGAAGUCGAUAUAUAUCACACAAACUUGUUACGACCUGGCAAAGGUAUUCCUAUAAUAUUUUAGUGCUAUUUUUUUUUUGCAGAUAUUUUCUUUAAUUAAAACACAUAAUUACGGGUUCUUACCUCGUUUAAAGUAGGGAUAUGAGACUCCCGAUAUUUCGACACUGUUGCAAGUGCCAUGAUCACGGGAUGACUGAUGAGAUUGGAGUGGAGUAGGUAGAUCGAUAAUUUUCUACGGGCAGACAUAUCUGUCUACCCUCGUUCCCCGUUUCUCUUUCCUCUUUGCCCGUACAAAAUUAUGGAUCUACCUACUCCACUCCAUCAGUCAUCAUCUCAUCAGUCAUCCCGUGAUCAUGGCACUUGCAACAGUGUCGAAAUAUCGGGAGUCUCAUAUCCCUACUUUAAACGCGGUAAGAAUAUUUUCUUUAAUUAUUUUCUCUGUUGGUAAUAGUUUUUUGUUGUUUCUUUGAUCACAAUCUCACUGCUAAUUUAGUAGCUUGUGGUUUUGAAGGUAACUGGUUCAAUUUGUUUAUUAAAAUUACGAUUAUAAAUAUGGCUGACUUAUUUCUAUUGAAGGUUUAGACCUUGUAAUAGUUGUAGUGUAUAAAUAAUUUAAAAAUAACUUGUUACAAUAGAUAAAAUAUGUGUAAAGCCAUGCUUGCCUGUCGAUAUAAUAUAGCUAAGACAAUAUUUAUUGAAUUAAGAACACCAAUAAGCUUUAAGGUAAACUAAGAUCUACAAAUAAAGACAGGGAAACUCAAAAUUAUUCAGUGCAAUAUAACACAGAAGCAUCAGUUAUAUUUUGUGAAAGAUUAUUAUAAAAAAUACGUACUUCUGAUGUUAGCCAUCUUUAUUUACUAGCUUUUUUUUGGAAUUUUUGGCCUGGUUACUAAUAUUUACUAGCUUUUUUAAAUUACAGAUAAUCAUAGUACACUUACGUUCCAUUAUACAUAAUUACUCUAGCUUACAACAGCUUCGUACAAAGCUAUCUUUUUUAGUAGGUAUCCUGUUAAUGCCUGAAAGUAUUGUUAGCAGCUGUCACUUUUGAGCAUACCUGGUUUUCUUAUACCAUGGAUAGUUGAUUCUUGCAUCUAUUGCAUUGGAUUGGACGAAGCCCUCGAUAUAAAUCGCACAGCGCACGUCGCGGGUGCUGUGCCGCGGUCGAUGUCUUCCUAAAUUAAUCACCUUUUUGCAUACUAUAAACAAUCUGACUCACAGUCACAAAGGAUUAUUUUCUAAAAAAGCGCCCUAACCGUGUUGUAGUAGGUAUACAUUAAGUUAUGUACAUAGUGUAAGUUCGUUUCCUCAAAUUAAGAUAUAUUAUGUUUUUUUUGACGUGACUUAUGGCAUUAACUACUUGGCCGGACAAAUAGGCAGCGCUGAAGGCUCUCACCCGGUACAACGUUUAAGACAACAGGCCUGAGGGUGCCCAGUUGGGCGCGAACUUCGGCUCAGGGCGUCGUCUGAGAGGAAAAAUAUUUGAAAGAAUUAAUCGACCCUAGUGGGUCGAUAGCGAUAAGCGCUGAUUGAGGGAAAUCGUCGACCACGCUGGCGGGGUCGGUAUCGUGGUUCUGAAGUGUUGGUGUCGCGAGCUGAUUGGCUGUCUAUGGCUAGAGUAAUCGGUUAUAUUAUGUUAUGGCAGUUAAAAUAACGAGCGAUAUCGGUUGUGCAGUGUCGUCAUUACGACUAAACGUGUUCUUAAUUUGACACGGCGCUUAGUGACACGGCGCUUUUUUACCGAGAAUGGUGCUAAUUCUUGUAAACACCAUCUAAUUUUAUAUCGUCAUUUUUUAUCCGGCGAAAAGGAAAGGGACGAGUAAUCGACAAGCAUAAAAUUUAUGGAACACACGUCAAGUUUAAGCACUAAUCUAAAACAACCGUCUAAAAAUUUUACAUUGGCCAAUAACCCUCUAAUUAUGUUGACAGCACACGUCUAACGGUUUGCAUACCAGCGAGAUACCUUUUUGAUUCGCUCGGGUUAUUCAUUCAUUUACUCAUUCUUCCUAAAAUUAAGAGCUGUCAAUCAUCCGUCUCUUUCCUUUUCGGUGGAUAAGAAAAUGACAGGUAUAACUAAAAGUAAAAUUAGAAGGUGUCUGCAGGAAUCGGGGCCAUUGGUAGUCCAUUUGUUUAUAUACGACGUCAAUGCUUCUUUGGUACACGGGCAUAGGAAGUGACAUUUGCUUUGGACCCUCUGUGUUACAUUGUACUAUAACUCAUUCGAUCUACACUGUGUUAAUGACUAGUCUGCAUUGUUAAUAUUUAGGUUAGGUGCCUGGAAAUGUAUAUAAUUGUACGAAUAUGUUGCUAUUUAAAAUGGUUCAUAGGUCUGUUUUGUGAUUUUUUUUGCAUAUUGUUUUCUAGUUGAUUGAAACCUUAUACAAGAUAGCCUCACAUAUCUCAGGUCCAUACUGGCUGACAUUAAUCAUUAUUUUUUAGUCUUUUUCUCAUAAUUCAUCAAUUUAAGUUUGUUGUUUAUUUUGUAAUUCCUAACUUACGCUGUUUGUAAAACUAUUCGCAUGAAGACAUUACCAAGAAUAUUCUUAAUCCAUAAUUUAAGCCAGCGUACAACCUAGCAUGUUUGCUUCGCUCGCUCCGCUAUGCGUGGUCAGUUGACAGUACUGACUGAACCUAUAGUUUUCAAAGGGUGGGUGGUUAACUUCGCUUUUGCUCGAUGUAGGGUUCUUCAGUAAUUAAUAAACUGUUUCAUAUACUUU